GAGUUGACACAAGCUCUUGAAAUGUCCAACCUCAUCUUUACCUUUCUCUUUGGCAUCGAAAUGGCACUUAAAAUCCUAGCCGAAGGAUGCUUCCACUACAUUUCCGACGGAUUCAACGUUUUCGACGGAAUCGUCGUCCUUGUAAGCAUUAUGGAGCUCAUUGAAGACUCUGGCAGUGGCUUAUCAGUUUUGAGAACCUUUCGUUUGUUGCGAAUAUUAAAAUUGGUUCGUUUCAUGCCAGCAUUGAAGAGACAAUUGGUUAUAAUGCUUCGAACCUUGGAUAAUGUUGCUGUUUUUUUCGCUCUUCUAGUUCUUUUCAUAUUCAUUUUUAGAUUUUUCCAUUCUUUCCUCAAUUAACCCUUUAAUUGGCCAAAUUUGCUGAAAGAAUACAGAAAAUUCUUUAUCGAUAAAAGAAAACGAAAAUGAUUGAAAAUGUAAAAUGGAAAGGAAUUUUUGGGUAAAAUUCUGAUUAUGGAAUUUGCUUUUCAUUUUUCACCGAACAGCGAACUGACAGGAAACUUCAGAUUAUUCAGGAAUGCAGACACUUUUGAUUCCAUCACAUCUCAAGUUAUAUUUAGCUCAAUCAUUUUCAACGAAACUUUCAAAUGAACUUUGAAUGUUUCAACAUGAAAGGUCAACCUUCAAGAAUCGAUUUGAAGCGAAAUGUUCCUUUUUCAGUUGAAAUUCAUUUCUAAAUACAGUUUUGUAAUUGCGGUUCAACAUGAAUCUAGAAGAGAAUCUGAUUUUCACAACUUUACUCAAUCAAUGAAAAAUUAAUUUAAAAUUGACUCAAAACUUGAAUCCAAUUUAGUUGUAAAAAAAUGUUUAAAAUCUAAUUAAGAGGAAACUUGAAACAAAAGAAAAUCGAUAAAUUUGAUAAA